UUCCAUGAGGCCCGCCUCAGCGGCAGCGCCCUUCCCAGUCUCAGAUCCGCGUCGUCGCGGCCCCUCCCCCUCUCCCGUGCGCUGCGUCCCCCAAUUCCCGCUCCCCACGCACCCAGACACGCCGAGCGGGAGAGGAAGCGACAGCCAGCAGCCGAGGCGGCCAGCGCCAGCGCUGGCAUGACCACUCCCACUCCCAGUGGCGACGGCUCGCCCCCGGGCUCCUCCGACCUCGUGCCCCCUUCCUACCCCGAGAUGAUCGUCGCCGCGAUCACCGCCCUCGCCGAGGAGAACGGCUCCAGCCAGGCCGCCAUCGCGCGCCGCAUCGAGGCGCAGGCCCGCGGCGACCUGCCGGCCUCGCACCCGGCGCUCGUCGCCGCCCACCUCUCGCGCAUGUCCGCCGCAGGGGAGCUCGUCGCCGUCGCGGGGGGGAAGUACGCGCUGCCCCCGCCGCCGGCGCAGCCGGCGCCGGAGUCACCGGCUGACGACGGCGAAGACGAUGACUGCGCUGACGAGGUGGACGAGGAAGAGGAGGCGCCGGAGCCUCUGCCCGUGCCUGUGCCGCAGCCGCCCGCCAAGCGCGGGCGUGGGAGGCCCCCGAAGCCGCGGACCGCGGACUUACGAUGCAUAGCAAAUACUCCUCUGGAUGAAGAAAGUGCAUUAUCUCAAAUGGUUACCUGCAUAGAAGAUCUCCAAGAAAUUGUCAACUGCAGGAAGCAUGAGUCUCUCACAGUGCAGACAUUUGGAACACGAAUAGAAAAACUACACAGGGAGAAGUAUCUGCAGCUCUGUGACUCGGUUGAUAUGGACAAGGUUGAUUCAACAAGCACCAUAAUGGAUGAGGAAGACGACGUUGUUCGUAGCUUGCGCGCAAGUCCUGUCCAUCCAAUCAAGGAUCGCACUUCAAUUGAUGACUUUGAAAUCAUCAAACCUAUUAGCCGUGGAGCAUUUGGACGUGUUUUCUUGGCCAAGAAAAGAACUACGGGAGACCUUUUUGCUAUAAAGGUUCUUAGGAAGGCAGAUAUGAUUCGGAAAAAUGCUGUCGAGAGUAUAUUGGCUGAACGUGAUAUAUUGAUUACAGUCAGGAACCCUUUUGUGGUACGGUUUUUCUAUUCGUUUACCUCACGGGAUAAUUUGUAUCUGGUCAUGGAGUACCUGAAUGGAGGGGACCUUUACUCAUUACUGAGGAAUUUAGGGUGCCUGGAUGAAGACGUUGUUCGUGUGUAUCUUGCAGAAGUUGUACUAGCUUUGGAAUAUUUGCACUCUAUGCACAUAGUCCAUAGGGAUCUAAAGCCUGACAACUUGUUGAUAGCCCAUGAUGGACAUAUUAAGUUGACAGGUUUUGGGUUGUCCAAGGUUGGUUUGAUUAACAACACAUAUGAUCUGUCUCGCCCUGUUGUUAGUGGGGCUUCACUGUAUGGAGAUGAUGAGCCUCAGAUGAAUGAAUUCGAGCAAAUGGAUCACCGAGCACGGAGACAAAAUCGUUCUGCUGUUGGAACUCCUGAUUAUUUAGCACCAGAAAUCAUUUUGGGGACAGGACAUGGUUGCAGUGCAGAUUGGUGGUCCGUUGGUGUCAUUCUAUUUGAGCUCAUUGUUGGCAUACCUCCGUUCAAUGCAGAACACCCCCAGACAAUUUUUGACAAUAUUCUGAAUUACAAAAUACCUUGGCCGCAUGUCCCGGAAGAGAUGAGUUUUGAUGCACAAGAUUUAAUUGACAAAUUAUUGACCGAAGAUCCUCAUCAACGACUAGGAGCAAAUGGCGCCUCAGAGGUUAAACAACAUCCAUUUUUCAAAGACAUUAGCUGGGAUACCCUUGCUAGGCAGAAGGCUGCCUUUGUUCCCUCCUCAGAUAAUGCAUUUGAUACUAGCUACUUCACCAGUCGCUAUUCCUGGAAUCCAUCAGAUGGAAACAUAUAUGAAGCAUACGAGUUUGAGGAUUCCAGUGAUAAUGGAAGCCUUAGUGGAAGCAGUAGUUGUCUGAGCAACCGCCAAGAUGACAUGACGGAGGACAGCGAUGGCCUCAAUGAGUUUGAAUCUAGUGCAAAUGUCAAUUAUUCUUUCAGCAACUUCUCGUUCAAGCGUGCAGCGGUUGGAUCACCGUCUAAAAGUUCAGAAUGCUUGCUUGCACGCUUGCACCUAAGACCUGCUUGCACAAUAUUCGUUCCCUAUUUGUAAAUAUCAACAUUUGCAAUUGCAAUGUUAUCGCAAUAGCAAUUGUAGUACUGCUGUACCUGUGAGCCAGAUCUUGAAUGCUACAAAGGCAGUAUCCUUUCUUUUUAGUAUGAUGAUAUAUGCAGCUCCUGCGUGUUUGAGACAAAAAAAAAAUGUUGCCAUCCAUUGAUAACUUCCCUAGAAAAUUGUACCACAACAUUCCUCUGACAUCAUCUUCGGUGCAGAAUCAUGCUUCCAUCAAUUAUGAUAUGUUCACCAAAGGAUUGAAGGAUGAUCCACCGCCAAGAACUGAAACGUAGCAAUCAAUCCAAAUUUGGACUCUCAUCCGAGUAAUCAAACAGUCUACAAGGUGCUCGCGCGAUAUCAAAGUGUGAGGCAUGGUCUGUUCCAAUUGAGGCUGUUCCUACAUCUCCCGGAGCCGAGUACAGUUUUGCUGUUACCUUGUUUUCAUGACCAAUUGACAUGCCAUCAUCAGUGAAUCACCCUUGACCGAAUUGGGCAGAGCGCUGUCUUUUUGUUCCCCUUUGCUUUUUUUUUUAAAAAAAUCAGUCCAUUAUGAGCCUUGGGUUUGCGGAGAUUGGCCCAGGUUACUGUAUUCAGAAUACAACCCCUGAAGAUGUAGGUGGGUUUUAGGAAAUUGCCAUUCUGGCAUUUAUAGUUGACGAUGGUUUGUUAAGCUGGUAGCCCGCUGGAUUUCCUGCGGCCAGAAAUGUUCACAGCAUUUUUUAUGGCCAUGGGAUACAUCAUUUUGCUAAAUGUGUCCAGUGUCCCACAGAAUCUGGGACAUUAUAAGAAUAGGAACCGAUUGAGGCUGGUGCUGUUUGUUUCAACAGAGAGUACGGGAACGGUAAAUGCAACUAGCAAACGGUGAUAAUUGUUGCAAAGGAAUAAAAACGCUCUCUGUUUGGUUCA